AUGGCCCAUCCCAACCGUCUCAAAAACGCACACAUCCUCGUCUUCGGCGGAACCUCCGGCAUCGGCUUCGCCGUUGCCUCGCUCGCCCUGUCCAACAACGCGCGCGUCACCAUCUCCGGCUCGACGCAGGAAAAAGUAGACUCCAAAGUCGCCCUCCUCCGCUCCAUAUAUCCUUCCCUCCCGGCCGAGCGUGUCACCGGCUACGCCCUCAAUCUCGCCGACACGCAGAAUCUGGAAGAAAACCUGAAGGAGUUCUUUGAAAAAGUGACCAACGGCGGACAAAACAAAGUCAACCAUGUAGCUUUCACCGCCGGGGACGCCCUCCGCAUUGCCUCCAUCCCGGAAAUCACCUUCGACCAGAUAUACCCGGCGUUCCACGUGCGCUUCGCCGCGCCCGUCAUCAUCGCCAAACUCCUCUCGACGGGCAAAUACAUGCCACAGUCGCCUGACAGCAGUCUCACGCUGACCGCCGGUGUAAACGUACAGAAGCCCCGUCCCGGGUGGGCCGUGGUUGCUGCCUCUGGCGCCGCCAUCGAAGGGCUCGCGCGCGGCCUCGCGGUCGAUUUGGCGCCGAUAAGAGUGAACACUGUCUCGCCUGGGGCAAUAGACACGGAGUUAUUGAGGGGAGCGACGGGGAAUCUGGGGGAGGAUGUGAAGAACGACCUUUGGAAGAGGCUAACGUUGACGGGAAGGAUUGGCAGGCCCGAGGAUGCUGCUGAGGCGUAUGCGUGGUUUAUGAGGGAUGGGUUUGCGACGGGGACGAGGGCGGAGACGAAUGGGGGGAGGUUGUUGAAGGAUUAG